CCAUAACCAUGCUGCUUGCUAUCUAUCAGGCUACCUGCUUAGGUACCAGGGGUUUUUUGUCGUCGUUAUUUCCUUUAUACCAAUGUAGCCUUCUGUUAGAGACUUUGAAAACCUCCACAAUUUGAAAACCUUCAGCUGUAUGUUAAAACGGCUUCCAAACUUUGCUUUUUCUGAGCUUAAUUAAUGUUUGAUAUAUUUUGUGCCUGCAGCCAGAACUAAAAGCGAAUGGGGAUUGAAUUGCUCUGUCUUUUUUUCCUAUUUCUACAAAGGAAUAAAAAUGUACAAGGAAAUUGUGAUUCAGGGAGUGCCAUGAACUGUGAAGAUUGUUUGCUCUCUGGACCAGGCUGUGGCUGGUGUUUCCAAGAGAAUUUUACUGAUUUAUCUGACAUUCAUAAAAGGUGUGACACUCUUGAAAAGCUCAUUUCGGAAGGAUGCCACCUGAAUUUCAUUGAAUUUCCCAUUUCCAAAGUAGAGAUCCGUGAAAACAAACAUCUGAGCGAUGGGCCACAGAUAAAUGGUUCAGAAGUCACUCAGAUUUCUCCUCAAAAGAUAACUGUUUUCCUGCGGCCAGGAAAUGAAGAAACGAUACAGAUCAACAUUCGUCAGACUGAAGAUUACCCAGUUGAUCUCUACUACCUCAUGGACCUUUCAGCUUCUAUGGAUGAUGAUCUGAAAACCAUAAAGGAACUGGGGUCCACCUUGUCCAAAGAAAUGUCUAAGCUCACCAGUAACUUUCAGAUGGGCUUUGGGUCUUUUGUUGAAAAACCAGUUUUACCAUUCAUCAAUACUCUGAAGGAAGAUCUGAAGAAUCCUUGCCGAAAUAUUGCAUUUGACUGCUUGCCAACAUUUGGAUACAAGCAUGUUCUGUCAUUGACAGACAAUGCAGAAAGAUUCAAUGAAAUUGUGAAAAAACAGAAAAUCAGUGCAAAUUUAGAUACUCCAGAAGGAGGAUUUGAUGCAAUUAUGCAGGCAGCUGUUUGUAAGGAAAAAAUUGGCUGGAGAAAUGAUUCAUUACAUCUGUUAGUAUUUGUGAGUGAUGCCGAUUCUCAUUUUGGGAUGGAUAGUAAAUUAGCAGGAAUAGUUAUUCCAAAUGAUGGAAAAUGCCACUUGGAUCAACAGAAUGAAUACUCCAUGUCAACUGUUUUGGAAUACCCAAGUUUAGGACAAUUGAUAGAGAAGAUUGUGCAAAACAACAUUCUGUUAAUUUUUGCAGUCACCAAGGAACAAGUUAAUUUAUAUCAGCAAUAUGCAGAUCUUAUUCCUGGAGCUACUGUUGGAACACUACAGCAUGAUUCUGGAAAUGUUCUUCAAUUGAUUGUAGAUGCAUAUAAGUCACUCAGGUCUGAGAUAGAGCUGGAGGUGCUGGGAGACACAGAUGGAUUAAAACUUGAUCUUACUGCCAUCUGCAGCCAGGGCUCUGCCUUUCCACACCAGAAGAAAUGCUCUCAUAUUAAAGUUGGAGAACAGGUCACUUUCAAUGUGACUUUAAGUUUAAGCCCUUCAGCUUGUGGGGAAAGGAGAAGGAAAGUCCUAAUGAAGGCCACUGGUCUAAAUGAAGCGUUGGAGAUUGAGAUCCAGCCCGAAUGUAGCUGUCAUUGUCAGAAGGAAGCGGAGGUGAAUAACUCCAAGUGUAACUAUGGGAAUGGUUCUUUCGAGUGUGGAGUAUGUGUGUGUAACCCUGGCUACAUGGGUCCAGACUGUAAAUGUAGUGAAAAAGAUGCACUGGCUACAGAGUCCUGCAAAAGUUUCCCUGAACAGAUCUUGUGCAGCGGAAGAGGCGACUGCUAUUGUGGACAAUGUAUUUGCCAUCUUUCAGCAUAUGGAAAUAUAUAUGGGCCAUACUGUGAAUGUGAUGAUUUCUCUUGUGGCAGAUUCAGAGGGCUGGUCUGUGGAGGCAAUGGGGACUGUGCCUGUGGUCAAUGCAGUUGCCACCCUGGCUGGAUAGGUGAAUACUGUAACUGUACCACGGAUACCGAGAGUUGCAUUUCUAAUGAUGGCGUCAUCUGCAGUGGGAGAGGCAAAUGUGUGUGUGGAAAAUGUGUAUGCACAAAUCCUGGGGUUUCAGGCAAUGUCUGUGAAAAAUACCCUACAUAUGAUGAUCCUUGCAACUCUAAACGGAGCUGUGUGGAAUGUUAUCUACUGCAUCAGGAAGACUGCGCUGAAAAAUGUAAAUUGGUUGACGCAGUGAUCAGUCACGAUGAAGGUUUUUCCUCAUCCUCAGAUAUUACGGAAGAUAAAUGGGUUCGUUGUGUGUUACACGGGAAAAAUGAAUCUGUUAUCACAUUUCUGAUGACAGCUAAUGAACAGGGAAAUGUCAUCAUUCACAACAUAAAGCAAAAAGAUUAUCCACAACCUCCAAAUAUUACAACGAUUAUGUUGGGUGUUUCUACUGCAGUAGUCGUCACUGGGAUUGUCUUACUUUCCAUGUGGAAAUUGUUUAUUUCAUUUGAAGACCGUAAAGAAGUUGCUAAAUUUGAAGCAGAGAGGUCAAAGGCCAAAUGGCAAACGGGAACAAAUCCCCUCUACAGAGGGUCCACAUCAACUUUUAAGAAUGUAACAUACAAGCAAAAAGAAAGGCAACGUGGCAAUCCUGCCAAUGCAUUCUAAUAAUUCGAAAUUAUGAAGAAAACUGUUCUGGAAAACUUUUUUUUUU